AUGUCACAAAGCACAUUAAGAAGAGCCAUUGGAGCAGUGAAGGACCAAACAAGCAUAAGCCUAGCAAAAGUUGGAAGCAGCGCUUCACUAGGUGACCUUGAAGUUGCCAUUGUAAAAGCAACAAAACACACUGAAAAUCCUGCGAACGAGAAACACGUUAGGGAGAUUCUAAGCCUAACGUGUUACUCGAGCGCGUUUAUAAGUGCUUGUGUCAACACUCUGGCUAAGCGCUUGAGUAAAACGAGUAAUUGGACGGUUGCUUUGAAAACACUUAUUUUGAUUCAAAGGUUGACAUCUGAAGGUGAUCCUGCUUAUGAACAAGAGAUAUUCUUCUCAACUAGACGUGGAACUCGACUUCUAAACAUGUGUGAUUUUAGGGACAAGUCUAAGUCUAAUUCGUGGGAUUACUCUUCAUUUGUUCGCACGUAUGCGUUGUAUCUAGAUGAAAGACUUGAGUAUAAGAUGCAACGUAGACGUGGAAGAAGUGGUAGGUUUUCGUAUGAGGAAGACGAUGAAGAACAAUCAAGGGAAAAAGAAAGAAAUAGAGAAAGAGAUAAAAAUGGAGAAAUUGUUGUGAAAUCAAUACCAUUGUGUGAAAUGAAGACGGAACAACUCUUUUCCGAAAUGCAGCAUUUGCAGUUGUUGCUUGAGCGCUUUAUGUCUUGUCGUCCCACAGGUAGAGCAAAGACUCAUAGAAUUGUGGUAGUGGCACUCUACCCAAUUGUGAAGGAAAGUUUUCAAAUAUAUCAUGACAUUACACAAAUACUAGGAAAACAAUUGGAUGAACUCGACUUGUUUUAUGUCUGGUCUAAAUGUAUUGGAAUUGGACGUUCUUCUGAGUAUCCACAUAUUGAAAAAGUCACAACAAAGAAUUUGGAACUCGUUGAUCAAUUCAUCAGAGACAGAUCACCACUAAAAGAGAAAAUGAAUACACAAGAAAAACAAGAAGAAAAACAAGUAGAAGUAGAAUCGGAUAUCAAUGAAAUCAAAGCACUUCCACCACCGGAAGGAUUCAAUGAAGAACCGAUAAAGGAAGUCGUGAAGGAAGAGACGGAACAAGAACAGGAGAUAAAGGAAGAAAAAAUAGUUCAAACAGAAGGUGAUUUGUUAGGUUUAGGAGAAAAUAUGAUGACAAAAGAAGAUUAUAAUGAAAACAAACUAGCCUUAGCAUUAUUUGAUGGUGAAUUAUCAACAACACAAGCUCUUCCAUGGCAUGCUUUUGAUGAUGAAUCUGAUUGGGAAACAUCACUAGUUCAAUCAAGUAGUAACUUACCAAAUCAGAAACCAUCAUUAGGUGGUGGAUUCGACACAUUGUUAUUGGAUAGCAUGUAUGAGCAAUCAUCAACAAGAAAUAAUGUAGCAACAAUGCAAGGAGUGAAUGGUUAUGGAAGUGCUAGUAGUGUUGCAAGAGUUUCAGCAGCACCAAUGUUAGCAUUGCCGGCGCCACAAACAUCGAGGAAUGCUUAUGAAGAUCCAUUUGCAGCAUCAAUGGGUGUGGCACCACCAGCUUAUGUGCAAAUGUCAGAGAUUGAGAAAAGACAAAGGUUGCUACUUGAUGAACAAGCAAUGUGGCAGCAAUAUGCAAAAAGUGGAAUGCAAGGACAUGUUGGAUUUCAAACACAACAACAACAACAACAGCCUAACAAUUUCUACAUGGGAGGGUAUCAACAAAACUAUUAUGGGAAUUAUUAUCAUUAA